CAGCAGAUGACCAGCUCGCAGAAGGCCCUGAUGCUCGAGCUGAAAUCCCUGCAGGAGGAACCGGUGGAGGGCUUCCGGAUCACCCUGGUGGACGAGUCCGACCUCUACAACUGGGAGGUAGCCAUCUUCGGACCCCCCAACACCCUCUACGAAGGCGGCUACUUUAAGGCACAUAUUAAAUUUCCUAUUGACUAUCCAUAUUCACCACCUACCUUCAGAUUCUUGACCAAAAUGUGGCACCCCAACAUUUAUGAGAAUGGAGAUGUAUGCAUUUCGAUUCUUCAUCCACCUGUAGAUGACCCACAGAGUGGAGAACUCCCCUCAGAAAGGUGGAAUCCUACUCAGAACGUGAGGACUAUCCUGUUAAGUGUAAUCUCACUGCUUAAUGAGCCCAACACCUUCUCCCCAGCCAAUGUGGAUGCUUCGGUUAUGUUCAGGAAAUGGAGGGACAGCAAAGGAAAAGACAAAGAAUAUGCUGAAAUCAUUAGGAAACAGGUUUCAGCCACUAAGGCCGAAGCAGAAAAAGAUGGCGUGAAGGUCCCCACAACUCUGGCGGAAUACUGCAUCAAAACUAAAGUGCCUUCCAAUGACAACAGCUCAGAUUUGCUUUAUGACGACUUGUAUGAUGAUGACAUUGAUGAUGAAGAUGAGGAGGAGGAAGAUGCCGACUGUUACGACGAUGAUGAUUCUGGGAAUGAGGAGUCGUGACGGGCUCCUUCAAUGGCCCUGUACUGCCCUGCCGUCUCAGGCCAAAGGGAGGGGAGCCAAGUGGGGACCUAGCAGUGGCCCCUCAGCAAAAACUUAUUCACAGGGGGUGGGGAAAACAGACAGCUCCUGCUGACUCCCCUAUGGAUCUCAGUUUGCUCCUUUUUAUGGACCUUUAAUGGAGAGAAAGUAACCCUCCACAGAAUGUCUGAAUUCUUGCAUUCAUUAUCCUUCCAUCACUGUAUUGAUUUUUUUCCCCCCUACAAAACCACCAUCAUCCAAACUCCCACCUCACUUUGUGUCUACAAGAAUGUUCACAGCAAAACACAUUUGGUCUGAUUUUAGAUUCCUGAAGAAUUAGUUAAAGACAUUUAAUGUGUUUAAAGCUGGGAACCUAUUGGGAGUUCAUAAGUGCUGCAUAUAUACUGGGUAGCAAAAGAAAAUGGAAAAACAAAACAAAAACAAAAAAAACCACAAAACAAACUAAAAAAUCCUUUCCUUUUUUUUUUUUUGCCAAGGUUUAGCUGCUCAUCUACAUUAGUGUGCGUGCAUAUUUGUUCAGACCCAUUGUAGUAAAUUUUGUUUCUUUCCCUUCCUAAGGCUGGGAUAUGGCGGGCAUCAGGGACUUACUUCAUGCUAAGCCUGAUGAAAUGCGCUUCUUCUGCCUCCAUGAAAUCAUCUGAACAUGGUGGCCUCAGUUAUUCUGAGGAGAGAAAUCAGAUUUUGUUUUUUGAAAUCAAUUGGGAUCUAAAGCCUGAAAUAAAUAUUCAUACUUUACAUAGACCUGAGCACUUGGUUGCUAUUUAUUUUAAAGGUAGGGUUAUUUUUAUCCCCACCAGGGAGUGGGACGAACGGGGAGGAAAUGUGUGGAUUUUUAGUGAUGAGAACAAAGGGUUUUUUCUUUAAAAAAAAAAAAAUCACACCAGUUUUGGUUGAUGCUACUGAGGGAAAAAGUCAAACUACUGGUGGCCACGAUUGGGAGAGAAAACAUCUGUUUAUGUAUUUAACUUGGCCUUCCCCUCAAAGAUUCAUUCUCACCAUGAGAUUUUGUUGUUAAUUGUUAUUUUAAUUUAGCCACUUUUAACUACUCAGUAUUAAUCUUAGGUGCAUGUGUUAAGGUUUUGGUUUUCAUUGAGCUGCUUAUAGUGAUAAAUGUGGAAAUGUGUGAGACAUGAGUGACUGGUUCUUGCUUUCUUCAAAUUGGAUGUGAUCUGGAUUUUUUUCUUUCAAUGUACUUUGGCUGUGGAGUGCAAACAGAAAUUUGCAUGGAGCUUCCCCUGGGCUUUCCUUUUCUGGUAGGGUAGGGCCCAGGGAGGUGACUGCUGGCAGUUUUCAGCCCAGGCAAGGCUAGAUUUUUUUGACCAUACAAUUGCAGCUUUGUUUCCCAGGUCUUAAUCAAGUGUUGCUUCAAUCAAGAUUGAGAUCCAAUAGCCUUCACCAUCCAGGGACUUCAGAAUUUGAAGGUGAUUUUUAUUACUAGGGUAUGCAAGUUCAUACUGUUCUUUGGGGAAAACCUAUAAUGCAAAAUCAGAUUUCAGAAGGAAAACAGCAAGGAUUGACUGCAGUCCUGCAUAAGAUCCCUGUGCACCAGUAUCAUCUUUUUCUUCAGAUCAUAGUUCAGAAAGAACCAAAGGGCAGAUUAGGGACAGGAAUAGGUUGAUCCUAGGAUGUCCAGAGUAGAUGAUCCUUACUUCCGUAGCUCCUCCUUCCUUUCUGAUCUCAGGGUUUUCAUUCACUCUUCAAACUCUCCCAAACAUAUGCUAUUUCCCAGAAGCCCUCUCUAGCCUCUAAAGCUUGGUCUUUUAUUAAAUGGGAAUGUUUUAACAUGCUAUGAUUCUUAAGGGACUCUGUUGAGCCUGGUCCCAGAAUCUCUAUUUAAUCCCCCCAGAGCUGCUAUUUGUACCCUUGAUUACUUAAUCGAGGAACAGAGCAGCUGUGCAGGAGUGCAAACUCUCCUAAAAGGAUAUUAGAACUAGCUUGUUGCUCCCCACACUUUAAUGCUUCCAGAUAACCUGCAAACCUAGAGCCAAAGCCUCUCAAUGCUCUGAUUUACCUCCCCACCCCACAAGUUUACAGCUAGUAGGUUGGUCUCAUUCUCAUAGAGCUCUAAAAUUCAGCCUUCUGUUCCCCUUACUUACUGCUGAAACGUCUUACUCCCAAGUUAGUCCAGGCACCUCAGCAUUUUGGGAGGUGCUGUGAUGUUCAGCUGUCCCAUUAGGCCCUGUUUAGCAUGUGUUGCAUGUUGACUCAGGGAGCCAGAGAGCCAAGUGGAAGUUGUACCUCUCAGCACUUCUUGGUGUUACUGUUGUUGGCUGGGUGUGCCUCUGAUGAUACAACCAGUUCCAGGAGACUGGGGUGUACUGACUUGUUGGCAGGUAGACAUUCUGAUAGUUUAGAUGAGUUAUAAAACCCAGAUGAUGCUGGUUCCAGACUUGUCCCUGAGAACAUAUCCAGUGGAAAAAUACUUGAGUAUGUUUUCUCUUUGGGAGAGUGGAUGGGAGUCUCAGGCUCACGCCAGAACCUUUUGAGUACACUUGUACUGCUUAUUUGGUGUGAAAUGAACUCAGAGUCCUUUGUUUUUAGAUUGCUUUUGAUUCUAAUUGAGGCCUCAGUGAAUUCUCUUCAGUUCCAUGUAUUUUGAAGCUCAGUGGAGAAAGUAUAAUAUCAUGAUUCCAUUGUUGCUUUUCCCAGUUUCCCUUCCUUUCCUAUCAUUCCAGAGUUCUUUUCUACCUUUUUUUUUUCUUUAGUCCUUUCUUUUCUUUCCCCCUUCCCUGGCAAUUAUUUGCUCUUUUACUUGCUGGUUUCUUUACGUUUGAGUAUGUAUCUAGUAAAAGAUUGGAAGGGGACAGCUUAUAGUUCUUUGCUGAAAAUUAACUCUCCACCCUCCUAUCCUGAUUUUUUUAAAAAGGUUUACAUUUACAACUAAAAAGAUUCAGAUGCAAUUUUCAACUACUCUGAAACCAGCAAGAUACACCUGACUUUAAUAGUUUUCGUAGAUGAAAUUGUAGAUGUUUUUCUUCAGUUUAACUUAUGAGAAAAGAUUUAUCUGAUGCAUUUUCUGUUGACUUCCCCUUUAGUGGUUUUGUCUUUUUUUUUUUUUUUUGCCCAUCUGUCUACUAAUAAAAUGUGAAAUAAAAUAUACCUGUAUUGCUA